GGCUCGCGCCUUGACGUCACGCGCGGCGUGCGUGCGUGCGUGCGUGCGGCGCCGCGCGCGCGGAGCGGGGCAAGAUGGCGGCGGGGCCGAUCUCGGAGAGGAACCAGGAUGCCACGGUGUACGUGGGGGGCCUGGACGAGAAGGUCAGCGAGCCCCUGCUCUGGGAGCUCUUCCUGCAGGCCGGGCCGGUGGUCAACACGCACAUGCCCAAGGACCGGGUCACGGGCCAGCACCAGGGCUACGGCUUCGUGGAGUUCCUGAGCGAGGAGGACGCCGACUACGCCAUCAAGAUCAUGAACAUGAUCAAGCUCUACGGCAAACCCAUCCGGGUGAACAAGGCCUCGGCCCACAACAAGAACCUGGACGUGGGCGCCAACAUCUUCAUCGGCAACCUGGACCCCGAGAUCGACGAGAAGCUCCUCUACGACACCUUCAGCGCCUUCGGGGUCAUCCUGCAGACCCCCAAGAUCAUGAGGGACCCCGACACGGGCAACUCCAAGGGUUACGCCUUCAUCAACUUCGCCAGCUUCGACGCCUCCGACGCCGCCAUCGAGGCCAUGAACGGGCAGUACCUGUGCAACCGGCCCAUCACCGUGUCCUACGCCUUCAAGAAGGACUCCAAGGGCGAGCGGCACGGCUCGGCGGCCGAGCGGCUGCUGGCGGCCCAGAACCCCCUGUCCCAGGCCGACCGGCCCCACCAGCUCUUCGCCGACGCGCCGCCGCCGCCCUCGGUGCCCGCGCCCGUGGUCACCGCGCUGGGGCCCGGCGUCACCCCGCCAGGCCUGCCUCCCCCCGGCUCCUUCCCUCCGCCGGUGCCGCCGCCGGGAGCGCUGCCCCCGGGGAUGCCCCCGGCCAUGCCCCCGCCGCCGAUGCCCCCGGGCGCCGGAGCCCCGGGACCGCCCUCGGGAGCCGCCCCCGCCGGGGGACACCCCCCUCACCCGCACCCCUUCCCUCCGGGAGGGAUGCACCACCCAGGAAUGCCACCCAUGCAGGUGCACCACGGGCCACCUGGCAUGGGGCAGCACCACCCAGGACCACCCGGCUCUGGGGGGCAGCCGCCCCCCCGGCCCCCCCCGGGCAUGCCACACCCCGGACCCCCCCCCAUGGGGCUCCCCCCACGGGGGCCACAUUUCGGAUCUCCAAUGGGUCACCCCGGGCCGCUGCCGCACCACGGGCUCCGCGGGCCCCCCCCGCUGAUGCCACCCCACGGCUACAACGGGCCCCCCCGGCCCCCCCCCUACGGCUACCAGAGGGUCCCACUGCCCCCCCGGCCGGCGCAGAGACCCCCUGGAGUGCCCCCCCGCGGGCCCCUGCGGGGACCCCUGCCCUGAGAGCUGGGGGGCUCUCUGCUCCCCGUCCUCCCACGGCCCCUGCCACCAACAUUCCCAUCCCUGCAAAGGGCUGGGGGCCACCCCCCACUCCUCCCUUCCCUCCCCAUUUUUUCCCCCGGUUUAUUUUUAUUGUGUUAAUUUUUCUCCCUCUCUCCCCAUCUCCUCCCGUUUGUCUUCCCCUGGAAGCUUUUCCAAGCUCCUUUUUAUUGGAUUUUGUUGGUUUUGUAUGGAAAGCAGUGACCACCCACUUGAAAAUAAAGGAUUUGGGGAACCAGAAGA